AUGGAUCUUGCUUCCUUGCACUCAAAACUAACUCUUCAUCUUCUUCAAAAUCCAUUCAAAAACACCAAAACCUCAACAAAGGAGGAAGCAGGCCACUCUAGGGUUUCUGGAAAGGAUGAAGGCUGUGUCGACGGAUGGAAGGAAGUAAAACGGAAAUCGCCGGUUGUAAGGAAUGGGGGAUACAAAAGUGAUGACUCUUCUAUAAUCUCAUUCUACGUGCAUAAUCUUCCUGGUGACGCAUGCAAGAAGGAGUUGUGGGGACCGUGUGCGAGGUUUGGUAGAUUGGUGGACAUCUACCUAGGGGGAAGGAGAGAUGCCUCAGGUUCCUUUUUUGCUUUUGUUCAUUAUGAGAAGGAAAAGGAAUAUGACCAGAUUUUGAAAGGGUUGAAUGGGGUUGUGUUGAGGGGUAGGAGGCUGGUGGCUAACCUCUCAAUGCAUCCGCGUAAUCAGGGGAGCAAGAACAGUGAUGGUGGCCAAAAGACGAGGGUCCAUAAUUGGAUUCCAUCUUUGAGGAACCGUAGUCUUUUGGCUACUAGGGACUCCAGAUCUUUUGCAGAGGUAAUUAAAGGUAAUACGGCAACUGGGGAGAUGCAUGGGGGGUUGCCAGCGAUUGCUCUCAAGAGUAUUCAGGAAGUCGUGCUUUGGGCUAGUGAAGCCUUGCUGAUUGGUGAAAUACGUAACUUUGAUACCUUUUGUAACUCUCCAUCUCUUUUCAAACUUGAGGGGUAUGAUAUACUUGAGAUCAAGUAUCUGGGAGGCAUGCAAGUGUUCAUCAAGUUCAAAUCGGAUCAGGCUGCGAAAGUGUUCAUGGCCAAUAGGAAUAUUUGGCUGAAGUGGUUCUCUUGGGUGGAAAAAGCGGGUAGGCGAGGUGAAAGAUUCGAGCGUAUUGCUUGGAUAAAAAUUGUUGGUGUCCCCCUUAUGGCAUGGGAUGAGAAGAAUAUCGAAGUUAUUGCCGGUAAUUUUGGGAAGGUAUUAGUUAACGUUUGUCCGUUUUGGGAGAGUAAUGACAUAUCUCAUGGUAAGAUAUGUAUUCUUACGUCCAUUAGGACUAAGAUUAAUAGCGAGUUGAAGGUUAUGGUGGGCGGAUCUCAGCUGAGCAUCGGGGUUUAUGAGGUGGAUGAUGAAUGGUUUCCAUUCAAGCAUUUUAUGUCAAAUUUCACUGAGGAUUCUGGGGGAGAUGGCUAA